AUGAAACACAUUAAACAUUUAUUACAAUUUAUAUGGUUGAUUAUUAUUAUAACAUUAUAUUUAACAAUAAUACAUGUAAAAUGUCUUAUUCCAAAAUUAUGUGUUCAUAAUAUAACAGCAAUUGGUGGAAGUGGUAUUUGUUGUCCAAUACCUAAAGGUUCAAAAUAUCCAUGUGGUGGUUCAGGUCAAGGUACAUGUCAAAAAGAAUAUACACAAAUUGAACGUAUACCAUUUUAUUUAAUUAUGGAUGAUAGAAUGAAUUGGCCAUCAAGAUUUUUUAAUCAUUUUUGUAAAUGUGAAGGUCAUUAUUUUGGUAUUUCAUGUAAUGAAUGUUGGUAUGGUUGGGAAGGUAAAUUUUGUAAUAAACGUAAAAAAUAUAUUCGACGUAAUAUAUUGUCAUUUUCUCCAAAGAAAAGGAAAAUGUUUGUUGAUGUUGUAACAAAAAUGCUUACUACUCCAACUGAUUAUUUAAUAUUAUUUGAAAAAGAUGCUAUACAUUCUGAUCCAUUAUGGAAACCUAAAUUUUUAGAUGUAGAUGUACAAUAUUUAUUAUCUUUUCUACAUCGUUACGCGAGCAGAGCUACAUUAUUUCAUGAUAGUAAAGAUUGUAUACUACGUCAACAUUUGGAUAAUAAUCAUGAAGUAGUUGGAUUUUUAACUUGGCAUAGAUAUUAUAUGUUAUUUUGGGAAAGACUUCUACGUAAAAUUGCAAUUCAACUAUAUGGUUGGUCAGAUUUCACAUUACCUUAUUGGGAUUGGGUCGAUUCUACAAGCUGUGAUGUUUGUGUUAAUAGUUUAUUAGGUGGUUAUGGACAAUGGGUUGGAGAUACUCGUUUAAUAGACCGUAGAAGUCCAUUUUACAUGUGGCCUGAAUACUGUUCUCCUCCAACUACGGGAAGUAACUGUUAUAGUUGUCAUGCUGGUUGGCCAAACUUUCGAGUAUUGACAAGAUAUUUCGAAAGUGCAGCAUUUCCAACAACUGAAAACCUUUUGUUCACUCUUUCAAAGAAUACGUUUUAUUUGCCUCAAAAGACGGAAGAUAUUGGUAAAUGUCGUGGUUUUCAUCAAGUUCUUGAGGGAUUUUGUUCAUUUACCGGUGACAAUUCAACUUACUCAUUUAUGCAUAAUAAAGUACAUAAUAUAGUGCGUGGUACAUUUUGUUGUGCAGCAACUUCACCUAAUGAUCCUAUAUUCUUAGUACAUCAUACACAAAUAGAUAGAAUUUUUCAAUUAUGGUUUAUGUAUAAUCGUCCACGUCCAACGGAAUAUCCAAAUCAUGGAGUUGCACUUGGAAAUUGUCGUGAAUGUAAUAUGGUUGGUUUCAUUCCUACAAUUAAACACGUAUUAAUGUUUGUAAAUACAGAGCUAAUAGGUUAUACCUAUGAUAAUUUUAAUUUCGGUAGACGUGGCUUUAGUGGAGAAAAAUACAUGAAAUGUGGUCCUAAAUAUCGUGUCUAA